UUUCUCGGUAAACCGUAUACAUCCGCUUUUAAUACAUCCGAAAAUCAAUCCCAUCAUUCGGCCUCAUACGAGGCCACCAUACAAAUUACUUUCCAUCAGAUAUCCGCGGCGCAACCCUCUCGCGCAGCAGUCGAGUGCGUGUAAUAGCCGCGCAAACUUACGCGUGCCCGCCUCGGCGGCCCUUUAUUCGCCGAGGAAUCCGGCGGACUACCCUAAAACAGCUCUCGCCGUGGGGGGCUAACAAAAGCCAUACGGCCAAAGAGAGACAGAGCGAAGAGAACGGCGGGAUGAGCCGUGUGGUCGAGGACGACGACUGAUGCGCUCGUAUUUAUUUUCCCCGCCGCUCUCUCUCUCUGUAUAUACGCGAGGAGCAUUGUGGCGGCGGAGCGAAAGUUACACGAAAAGUUGCCUGAUAAAGAGGCUGGAGUGACGUUUGACACGAGAUGGGGUUGGCGCGCGCGCGCGCUGCGUGCGGUGAUUUAUUGCGGUGAGGGCUUUUGAAUAUAUCUCUCUGUUAAGACUAUCUGGGAUUACUUUGGAUCCGUGUGUUCCGACUCCUUUGCUUAUAUAGUAAAGCUCUAAAAGUCGACUGGUUUUAUUGGCCGAUGUAGCGUCGUUUGAACGGAAGAUUUUAAUUUCGUCGGGAAAAUAUGGUGCACGCAAUAUACUUGUGCUCGGAUUAUCUCGGCUCGUGCGAUAAUUGUCACCCUCGAGUAGGGAUAAUCUUCGCGCGGCAGUUGCGUAAUGUACCAUUUGCGAAUGUUUAUUAAUAAAACCAACGCGGUUAUGAGUAUAAUUUUAAUGGAAACAGCGAUCGUUUCAUCGAAUUCUGGAUUUACAGCGGCAACGGUGUAGCGAGUGGAAAGUCCAACCAAAUCGAUAAUAUAGCCGUCAUAUUUACAUAAAUUCUUGCAUGUGACGAGUCUAUCUUCAGUUCUUAACUGUAUCUCGCGCCGUUGAAAGCUCCGGAGUACACUUUUUGGGUUUCGCACUGAUCAAAAUGAAAGUUUUCGUGGCUCUCGCGCUGUGCGUCAUUGCAGUCAAUGGCGAAGUUACCGAGUCGUCGUCUACGGAAUUUCCGUCGGCUGUUGACAUAUACAAAAUGAAGAUCUUCAAGUACUCGAUGGAAUGUCUGUUUGAACGAAAGCUCGAUCUGAGCAAAUUUGCCUUGCAAAAAGACGUGAAAAAAGCUGUCGAAGACCUGCACAAAGACGAGAAAGCUUGCUUCGCGGGCUGCGUGUUCAAGAAACUCGGAGCGAUGAACGACGAUGGGACAUUCAACGAAGAUAAGCUAUUCAUGGGCGCUACGGCCGAAACGCUGCCAAUCUUCAAACAGACGCACGACGCGGCAGUCAAACACUGCACGGAUAAAGUUGGAAAGGACGAGCUUUGCAAAUUCGCUGCUUGUAUCGUAAUCCAAGCUCCAGCUUAUGCAUCAUCCCUGAACGCAACCAGUGGCAUAUGAUGUGUAAUUUCCAUUCAGCAAUGAUCCAAAUAAAUCCAACAUGGAUCCUC